AUGAGCCAGAUAUUAACAGGGCGACAGGCAGAGGAGCUGCACAAAUCCUUGAUCGCGUACCUAUCCUCCAUUAACGCCUCUCAAAGUGUCACGACCCUACGAGAAGAGCUCCAGAUUGGCGACAAUUUUACCGACGCAGCAUGCAAAAAGUAUGAGGGGUUUCUCGAGAAGAAGUGGAUAAGCGUUGUACGACUGCAGAAGAGGAUAUUGGACCUAGAGUCGAAGAUUGCGAGUCUGCAGGCGGAACUCGAUUCCGCACCAACAAUCACAUCCAGAGCAAAUCGCGACCCCAAGAGCUGGCUGCCUGGAACCUCGCCAACCCAUACCCUUGGAUCACAUCGAGGCGCGAUUACAUGCGUCGCGUUUCAUCCAGUUUUCUCGUCACUCGCGUCAGGCUCAGAAGACUACAGCAUCAAAAUCUGGGACUGGGAGCUAGGGGAGUUGGAAAGAACGCUCAAGGGCCAUACAAGAACCGUUACGGGGCUCGACUUCGGGGGACAGAAAGGACGGACUCUUUUAGCAUCCUGUUCAAAUGAUCUCACAAUCAAGCUCUGGGAUCCGAGCAAUGACUAUGCCAAUAUUCGAACUCUUUUCGGCCAUGACCAUUCCGUCUCCUCUGUGCGCUUCCUAAUACCAGGCGGAAAUAUUCUUAUAUCAGCCAGUAGAGAUACAACCCUCCGCAUGUGGGAUACCUCGACCGGGUUCUGCGUGAAAACAAUCCAUACACAAGGCGACUGGGUUCGCGAUGUCUUCCCUUCGUUCGAUGGCAAGUGGCUGGUGUCAGGCGGCCGUGACCAAGCUGCGACGAUUUGGGAAGUAUCUUCCGGUGAGGCGAGAGCGUCGUUGCUAGGCCAUGAAAACUACAUUGAAUGCUGCACAUUUGCACCCCCUUCAAGCUAUGGUUAUCUAGCAACUUUAGCUGGACUAAAAAAACCGCCAUCCACAAAUUCUUCGGCUGAAUUCGUUGCGACAGGCGCCAGGGAUAAAACUGUGAAGCUGUGGGACUCUCGAGGAUCAUUAAUCAAGACCUUGAUUGGCCAUAACAAUUGGGUGAGGGGACUGGUCUUCCAUCCUGGUGGCAAGUAUUUGUUCAGUGUCGGUGACGAUAAAACCAUACGUUGCUGGGAUCUUUCUCAAGAGGGAAAGUUAGUAAAGACGCUGGAGGGCGCACACGAGCACUUUGUUAGCUGCAUUCAAUGGGCGCCAGAUCCCGCCAAUCUUGUUCAGAGCUCAGUCGCAGAACGUCCAGAAGGAAAUAAAGGCACAGAGCAUGGAACUACCGGGUUUCGAUGUGUCAUCGCGACUGGUAGCGCGGAUUCGUGCGUACGUGUUUUCAUGUAA